AUGGAAGCCGAUCAACCUUUUGUACAAAGGGAUUUAAGCAAGAGCCAGUUGCCAGAUGGCAAUCAAUCUAAAUCCCCCUUUGUUUCACAUCCAGCAACCCCUCGUAUGUUGAAAAGCACCAGUGGGAAUGUGAAGACGCAAUCAGAAUUGAGUGCUACAAAACUGAAUGACAGAAGCCUGGAUGCACAGUUGUUACCACCCUUAUCAAUACCAUCACCUGCAUCUACUCCGGUGGGUGCGACAAAUCCACAGGGAGCUAAAGGAGGUUCGAAGCCACUUCCUAAACCCAGGGAAUUGGUAUCUCCAGCUCUGAGUAAGGCAUCUCAGGGGCAAACUUCACUGCCACAAGUAGGUCGCAGUCCAAUUACUCCGAGCCAGUACUCAGGGAAUGAGACUCAGCAAUAUCAACAACGCCAACAAACUCCACAACUGCAAAGACAGCCACUGUCGCAACAAUAUGAUCAGAGUCAGCAAUCGCAAACCUUAUCAGCACAGAAGCAGCAGCAGCAGCAGCAUCAGCAUCAGCAUCAACAUCUGCGUCUGCAGUCCCAUCAUACACAGCAACAGCAACAGAAACAGCAACAGCAACAACAACAACAACAACAACAACAACAGUUUCAUAGAAAAUCAAUCGGUGACUGGAACUUUGUAAAGACUAUUGGAGCUGGAUCCAUGGGGAAGGUGAAAUUGGCUCAACAUAAUACAACUCACGAAAUUUGUGCCGUUAAAAUUAUACCUAGAGCCGCAAAACUCUACCAACGAGCUCAUGCUAAUGAUCCACCACCACUAACAUCGCAAGAGGCAGCACAGAAACAUAAGGAAUUUGAAAAGGAAGUGGCAAGGGAUAAGCGGACCAUUCGAGAAGGAGCACUUGGUAGGUUGUUGUUUCAUCCGUUCAUAUGCAGGCUAUACGAAAUGGUUCCCAUGACCAACCAUUAUUACAUGCUAUUUGAGUAUAUCGAAGGUGGACAAAUGUUGGAUUAUAUCGUUGCUCAUGGGUCUUUGAAAGAGAAACAUGCGAGGAAGUUUGCUCGCGGAAUAGCUUCGGCGUUGGAUUAUUGUCAUAGAAAUAACGUUGUGCACAGAGAUCUCAAGAUUGAAAACAUCAUGAUCAAUGAAAAGGGGGAUGUAAAGAUUAUUGACUUUGGAUUGUCGAACUUGUAUUCUCCAAAGAGUUUACUAAAAACAUAUUGUGGGUCGCUUUAUUUUGCCGCUCCUGAGUUGCUUAGCGCGAAGCCUUAUAUUGGACCAGAGGUUGAUAUUUGGUCUUUUGGUGUGGUUCUCUAUGUGUUGGUGUGUGGAAAGGUGCCCUUUGAUGACCAGUCCGUUUCGGUUUUGCACGAGAAGAUUAAAAAGGGUAAUGUUGAAUACCCAAAUUUUCUUUCAAAAGAAUGUAUCACUUUAUUGUCAAGAAUGUUGGUGGUUGAUCCUAUAAAAAGGGCCUCACUACAUGAAAUUUGUUCGCACCCCUGGAUGAAUAAAGGAUAUGAUCACAAGGUCUCAAAUUACCUCCCUCGGAGAGAGCCAUUGCGUUUGCCUUUGGACCCGGAGAUUAUUAAACAGAUUGCUGUGUUUGAUUUAGGAUCGGUGCAGAGUGUGACCGAAGAAUUGACAACGUUGCUCACUAGUGUUGAGUACCAAAUGAGCACUGAAAAUUGGUACAAUGUAACACGACAAGGUAAGGAAUACGCAUCGGCGCAAAAUUCUAAUAUUCUUCCUGAUCCCACUGGUGGGUUCCAUCCAUUGAUUUCAAUUUACUACUUAGUGGUUGAAAUGAAAAAGAGGAAAAAGGCUAAAGAGGAAGCCAUCAAAGCUCAGGUUGCACAACAAGAGCAAUACAAACAACAACAAUUGCAACAACAAUACCAAAAUCAAAUACAACAGCAGCAAAAGCUCUUACAACAGCAACAACAAAACCAACAAGCUUAUACAUCCUUACCAACGCCAAAGGAGGAUUACACACCUCAACCCCAAGCUAAUACGUCAGGCGGAAUGAUCUCACCCGCUAGGACACCUCAAUAUGCCCACGAGACUGCUACACAGGUUCCUAUUGUUGGUGAGUAUAAUACAUCUAAGGAUACACCAAAUACUCCGCAACCAAGGAUUGUUGAGACGUUUUCCGGGUCGCCAUCGAAAACUUUGGAUCCAAAGCGUGAGCAAUCGCCAAGUGUGGCCCCACCAGUUGCUCCACCUCCUGUUAUUUCAGUUCCCGAACAAGCACACACUUCUGUGAUUCCUUCUAACUUUGAUAAUCCACCGCUUGCAUCUAAUAAGAAUGACGAGCUUGCUAUACCCGAGCAGCAACACCCAAGAAGCCCAAGAAGCACCACUCCUAUUGACUCCUUGGAUCCUAACAGAGCCAGUGGAGGCUCCACGAGUGGAGCCGGUUUUAAUAACUUGUUUAGGAAGCUUUCAAGUAAGAAAUCUAGAGGAUCAGGCUCACCAAAGAUAGUAUCGCAGCCUGGCAAUGAAUUUGAUUCGGCAAGGAAUCUGCCCCAUUCUUCGCAGAGCACGCUCGAUCCGUUGGUACGUCGUGGUGUUAGUAUGAAGGUCACAGCCAAAGAGAAGGAAUCUGGAUCAAGAUUAUCCCCAACAAAGCCCGAGAGAAAGGAAAAAAGACAAGAUACGGCCAUGCAUGUACAUUCAGCAUCGACUUCUACACCCAAUAGGCCCCAUGGAUUUAUUCCAGUGGAGUAUUUACCACCAUUGCCAAACUAUGACCCGCACACCAAUACUGUUACUCAAAAUACAACAACGAAGCAGCAACAGACAUUGGCGGUUCCCUCACGUAAAUUGCACCCUACCGCAAGAGCUAAAUCGGUUGGUGGUCAAAUUAGGAAAGAUGCAUAUGGUCGUGGCAGAAGUAAUACAGCUACUCAAAAUAAUGCCAAUAUAGAACUCGCUCAUUCGACAAGCCCACACAAUACUGAAAUAUCAUUUGAUGAGGGUUCAGCUGGUGCAUUAUUUGAUGAUGUUAAGUUGGAUGAUAUGCAAGUCCAAGAAGUACCUCAACUCACCGAGGAUGAGAUUAUCAAGCAGUACAAUGAAGCCAAGCCUGGUUCAAUGCCAUCCAUUGAGCACUGCAAGACUUUAUUCUUGAAAGGAUUCUUUAGUGUACAAACCACUUCUACCAAACCUUUACCUGUUAUAAGAUACAAUAUCAUCAAUGUGUUGAGUCGAUUAGGAGUUAGAUUUCAAGAGGUGAAGGGUGGGUUUAUUUGCGUGCAUACUCCUUCUGUGCAACAACAGGAACAGCAAGUACAACAGCCACAACAUGAGGAUGACGCUGAAGAUCAAAUAUUGGAUGCAUAUGCCCACGACGAUGAAAAUGAAGAAGAGAAUGAGUUAUACGGCGAUGCAUUUAGACUGAAGUCAUCAACUCUGAAAUCUUCCUCCUUUGACGAUCCUAAAGUGGAAGCUAUUUCUGAAGGUGCUCGAACUCCAAGCCGCCAACCAUCUAUGAAUGCCCAAGCUAUUCAAGCCGCUCAAGGAGGAGGAGGAGCAGAGCUAUUAUCGCCAUCAAAUGCUCAAAAUAAACCUCAAAGAUCAUCAACCAUUGGUGGUGGUAGCUCGGGACAUCGGAGGAAAAUUUCCAUUGGAAAUACUUUUCUCAACACCUAUCGUAAAAAGAAUAAUUCUCAAGUUCAGAUGCCACCCAAUACUCCAGCUACAGCGCGUACCAUAAGAGGAAUGUACACCGAUCGAGAAGACGCUGCUGACCAUGAUGGCCAUGGUGAAGGAAGUGGACCAAAUACACUUGAUGCUGAUUUCGGUAAUGAUACGCUUGACCUUGACAAUUCGGCUGAUUCAUUGAGUGGAUAUGUAGGAGGAAGCGAUAUGUUGAUUUCGUCCAAGAUUGAGCAUCGUGCUAGUCAUCAACGUACAACUAGUACCGCUAGUAAUUCGAGUCAGCAACAGUACCAGCAACAACAACAACAACGUCGUGGCGGUGGCGGCGGUGGUAGCUCUAAAUCGCCUUUGAAGUUUGAGAUUCAUAUUGUUAAGGUGCCCUUGGUGGGAUUAUAUGGGGUUCAAUUUAAGAAGUUGUUGGGUAACACAUGGAAUUAUAAAACUUUAGCUGGUCAAAUUUUGAAUGAAAUGAAUUUGUAA